GCAAAACAACAGCGAGAACACACUAUUUGUAUUGCUGUUCGUAAUUCCAUUAAGAACAAAGUUGGUGCCAGACGAUAAUUUCAACCAAUCGUAAUAAAUAUUUUAUUGUUCGUUUGAGAGAUUCGGUAACAGUAUUUUGUGUUGUUUUGAUAGCGUUCGUAUUCUAUUUUGAGAAAUGUAUGGAUGAAAGUGAGAAAUGACUUGUUUCGAAAUAAAAAAAGUAUUAUAACUUUGUCAACUGUAAGCGGCCGUCCGGAAGAUUCCAUUGCUAGAAGUAUUGAUCGUUAAUCGAACUACUGUUGCAUCGAACUUGCUCUCCAAGGACCACCACUUCAAGAAUAUGGCCGGACAGUCAGAAAAUCAUUCAUCCAAAUACAGGAACCAACUUCCCAGUCCGUCCUCCAACAAAAAAGAAGCCAAUCUUUUCGGCAUUUUGAAAAACAGUAUUGGAAAGGAACUCUCCAGUAUUACUAUGCCUGUCGAAUUCAAUGAGCCCCUCAGUUUCCUGCAACGAAUAUCGGAAUACAUGGAGUAUUCCUUCCUGUUGAAGAUAGCAUCCCAGUGUGACGAUCCCCUGCAAAGAUUACAGUAUCUGUCUGCAUUUGCCGUUUCCGCUUUGGCCUCCAAUUGGGAACGACUUUGCAAACCUUUUAACCCUUUGCUGGGUGAAACAUUCGAGCUCUGCAGAGAAGAUCUGGGCUUCCGUUUAGUGUGCGAACAAGUGAGUCAUCACCCUCCUGUGAGUGCUUUCCAUGCUGAAUCCGAAGACUUCCAGUUCUACGGCAACAUCCAUCCCAGACUCAAAUUCUGGGGCAAGUCCCUUGAGAUCAAACCAGAAGGAACUCUUACGGUGCAUCUUCUCAAGCACAAAGAAGUGUAUUCAUGGACCAAUGUCCACUGCUGCGUCCACAAUAUUAUCAUAGGAAAGUUGUGGUUUGAACAGUAUGGGAUGAUGGAAAUCCAGUGUCACACUACUGGAAUGACGGCUCAGUUGAAUUUCAAACCAGCAGGCUGGUUUGGUCGGGAUCUCCAUAAUAUAGAAGGCUUUAUCACCGACAAGCAAAAGAAGAAAUUGUGUUUUAUCUACGGAAAAUGGACAGAUUAUCUGAAAGUUUGUUCUAUGGAGGAUUAUGAUGAAUAUAUGAGAACUCAUGCUGAUUCUUUGAACAAACAUAAACACAACACCUCCAUGUCUGAUGGAUCCAAUCCAGAUGACUCCAAUCACGAUACUCCUACAAAAAAGUUCUCCAAUAAACUGAACGUUUUGACCAGAUCUUUCACUGGAGGAGGCAGAUCCACCUCUCCCGAGCCGCCGGUUUCGCCACAUGAUCCACCUGUCGACGACAAUGGCGAUAUCCCCAAAAGUGACAACAGUACGUCCCUUGACAUCCCCAACUCAACCACCCUGUGGCAAGUCCAACAGAGGCCUGAUGACUCUCUGAAAUACUACAAUUUCACAAGUUUUGCAAUGGCUCUGAAUGAAUUGCAAGACUGGAUGAAGACGCUCCCGAAAACAGACAGCAGAUUGAGACCGGACAUCCGAAUGCUGGAACAAGGAGACACAGAAGGUGCAGCUACAGAGAAAAAUCGCUUGGAGGAAAAGCAGAGAGAUGCCAGAAAACAGAGGAAAAAGAAAAAGGAGACCUGGAAACCGAUGUGGUUUUACCAAAGCAAAGUACCACACAUCAAAAAUGAAAUAUGGCUCUUCAACCACAAGUAUUGGACACGAGACUUCAGCGAAAGUCCGGAUAUCUUUUAAAGUUCCGGUGUCAAAGAGACCGGAUGCAAUGGGAUGCGUUAUGGAUGGAACAGAGAUUACAGAACCACCCGUUUAUUUAUUUUGGUUAGACUAGGUCAGAUAAUCAGCUUUUAGAAAUACGCUCUAUCCUGAUGCUAGUCCGUUCAAUGGAAAGGCCGGCGUGUCAACUACGUAGUUCUACAUAGAAGAAAAAGCAUGAAUUAUGUGGUUGAUGCAGUUGAAAAAAAUAUUAUUAUCUGAACACGAUAACUGUAUUUAAAAGGGGUAAAAGCUCCAGUAUUAAGUUUCCUUCUUAUCGAAAUUUUAUACUUUUUCGUAUAUAAACGAGAUUGUAUAAAACAAUCAAACAAAUAAUAGAGAAUAAUUUCAAAAAUUUUGUAAAAAGUUUUUUUUAU